AUGAGGUUAGUGGCUACUCGAAUGAGUUUUUUCAAUAUCAAUUCUUUUUCAGCCCUGAUCGCUUCAAUGUGCCUUCUAACCUAUGUCGCAGUAUCCACUGAAAACAAUAGCACAACGCUAUUAUCAAACAAUACUGACGAGGUAACGGCAAAAUACUUCUCACCAGCUCGUGGAAAUCCUUACCUCCCAACUGACGACUUAUACAGGCCCUACAUCACUUUUCAGUUAUUGAGUCAAUUAUAUAACAAUCAUCCUACCAAAGACAUAUCUUUGAUAACUCAAAACAAUGAAACAGGCAUUGUAGUUAUUCGUACUCAUGUCGUCACAAAUUAUUCCAAAUUAUAUGAAGAAGCGUCUGAUGAGCUGUAUAGUUACAUUGAUAUGAAACUUUUUAGUCAAUUGAAUGCUCUGUUCACAGGCACAAACGUUUCUAAUAAGACUUUCGAAAAUUUUGAGAAAGGAUAUUACAGAGAAAUAAUUGUUGAUUCUUAUAAGAAGGCUAAAUCCCAUAUUGCUACCACCGCUUACAAAGGAAGUGAUCCUAGUUUUUCGAUGUCUUUCAUUUCCUUAGUUGAUACUCUUUCGACCAUUGUAAGUAACAUUUAUGGCCUUGUAAAGGAUGGUUCAUCCAAUAAAAAGCACUCUUCAACUCAAAUAUGUAGCUCCUAUUCUAACACCGUUAAAGUUGAUGGCAAAAAAGUUGAGUACUUAGUUUACAAGUAUUCGAAAAAUGGUCAUGGUUGUAAUUUUGCAAAAGGUAGUGACUUGGAAGCAAUCUUGAUCGAAGCUAUUGAUACCAAAUUUCCAAGAGGUACAACAGGAGCAUGUGUCACUUUAUUCCAUGAUGAAUCUAGAGUUGCUUAUGCUAAAUUCAUUAUGGCUGAUAGUAAGAUGGAUUUUGAUGACGUUGCUUGUGAAGCUGUUUCCGGUUGGGAUGCACCAGGGCCUGUGGCUGGUACAGUAUCUGCUUAA